AUGGUGGAACAUCAAGCUGGUGGUCCUCAUGGGACGCGCAGUAGUACUACUAACGGUCAGCACGACCCCGUCAGCAGGUAUCAUCAGCAACACCAUCCCGGUCAACAUCAUUUUCACCCCUCCGAAUCAAUUCUUAACAACCCGAGGCUGUUAAUGCUGCCCGGCCCGGCUGGAAGCACUAACCAAGACCACUACAACAGCGGGCACCAUCAGCAUGGUUCAUCAAAUCACGACUCACACGACGACAUCAACUACCGC